GAAGUGGGUAGGAGAAACUUUACAAGUGACAACUUGCAGCACAUGCUCUCUUGCUGUCAUGAACGCGUUUCUUGUUGUCUGUUGUUGUCUGUUUUGAGGCGGUUUUUUAUCAGCCCAGCGUCAUCAUGGUAAAGUCAUUGCCCGUCUACGCCGAUGAGAAACUUCUGGCCCACCUUACAAACAUCUCAUGUGUUGAAGGUGGUGUCACUUCUGGUUUGAUUGUGGGACAGCGAACACCAAAAAAGGAUAUAGUUGUUCAUUUGACAGUGACACCGGUACCAGAAGAAAAUGGCCGGCCGAUUAAAACGGAGGUAACUAAUGGAAAGCCGUUGGAGUUAAGGUGUGUCAGUGAAAUAUUAGAGCUCGAUGACACAUGGUUCACCUUCCACACAGAAAAUGUGUCUCGAAUGCUCCCUGGUGGAAUGUGGAUUUUGGGUUUGUAUUUUUCAAGCCCAGAAAAUAUUUUUAACAAUGAAAAAACUUUGAACAAGGUCCGGUCGAUAAUGUCAUUUAUAAAUAAGAGUACUGCACGGAAUGAAUGCCUGUUCGGCGACCCACCUGGAAACUAUAAACUGGUCUUUCAUUACAAUUCAAAAAGCAAACAAUUUGCCUGCAAAAGCAUUGAUUCAAGCAUGGCUUUUGCUAAUGCAGAUUGGAAAUUUCAAAAUUCUCAGUUUGUAUGGCAUAAAGUUGAGUCUUCAUACAGCUUGAACCGUUUUGAGCCUUAUGAAAUCGUAGAUGAAACUCCAAAGCCUGUGAUUGUAUAUUUAAAGGAUAAGUUACAGAAAAUAAGGAAAGAAAUUGAUGCAACGAUUUGCACUGUUAAUGGCGUUUUUAGAAAAAACACUGACACUCUACAGGAUAUAAAGAUGUUAACAGAUCAACAACGAAAAACAAAAGAGAAAGAUGAUUCAUUUAAAGUCUUCAUGUAUUCAUUGACUGAACCGCCUGAAGAUAUGGCUUCUAAAGUGGUUGUGCAGAUGACUUACGGAGAAAUGGUUUUUGACGGGAUUAUUGGAAGCCAGGUGUUUCUUCAUGAAAACGCUACAGUCGAUGAAACAGUCUUAGCUGUGAAACAGGAUAUACUUAGAUCACUUGCAUCAAGACUAGAAAUGCAUUGGGAUUCUUUUGAUUUGACAGAUGAAAACAACAAGGUACAUGAACCUCCACGCAGAAUAUUAUUUAAAGAUAAAAGAUCCGGUCUCACGUUUUCAGACUACAUUUAUAAAAACGAGACAAUUAACGAUAUUGCAUCAAAUCUUCAGCUGCAUCUUGGAAUUUUAGUACCUAUAAGUGAUUUGAUUGACUGCUUUGAAAGACCGUACACAGGGAAAUUAAAACCAAAGAUGGAUACAGGAGAACAAAAAGCAAACCACUUGGGAACGGAUAAAAAAAGUGAUAAUACAAAUCUUAUACUAUAUGGUAUCAUGGGUGCCGCUGUCGUUUUAGUCAUUUCUUUAUUUUUACACCUGUUUACUUAAUAAUUUAUAAGUAGAAGUAUGAAUUAUGACUGAAUGUGUUUCUAUUGUAAUAUUUUAAAAGGCCAAAAAAUAUUGGGCAGUUGAUACUACUCACUAUAUAGAGCAGUGAUACUUAUAAACAUUAAAAAAAAAAAAACAACGGUGUUUUAUGUUAAUAAAACACUACUGG